AAAUGAAAAAUUGAAGAAUGUCGAAAACGUCCUCUGAACAUGUCUCAGCACACAAGAAGCUGAGCUCUAGUUUGAAAGAGAGGCUAAAAAGAUGUGGGCGUUACCAUUCUUCACCCAUCAGUGUUCCACAGAAAAAGCGCAUCUAUUACCCAGAUGGCACAUUAUCACAAACGCCUGUAAAGAUAGAACAUGCCAUUAAGAGAGACAAUUGUCUGGACACCCAAUCUACUCCAACAAGAUGUCUUGAUGAAGAAAUGGGAACAGAUUCAAGUUCUACACCUUUAAAGUCAAGUGAUUCAGCAAAGUUAAAGAUUGAUUCUUCAAUUCCUGCCAUCAGGAAAAACAUUGGGACAUUUGUGUCUCCAUCUGGAUUUUCAGAUUUUGUUGAUGAUCCUACAGGAAAUUACAGGAAACUUGUGAGUUCGAACUCACUCUCAGCUCCGAAAACACCAACUACAGACUCAAGCUUAUUACAAGUGACUCCAAAAUUCAAAUCAAAUGAGAGACCAAGCACAAUUUCUGUAAUGUCUAGUCCAACUGUUUUUGAUGAAAACAGCUAUAGUAAAGAACAAUCUCAGAAAAUCAGAAAUUAUUCAAAGCUCUCAUUAACAACAAAUACAAAAGUUCCUGAAAUGAUUUUGGAAAAUAUUGAUGGAAAUCAAAUAUCCAAACAAAUGUCUGAAAGGACACCCAUCCAAUCUAAAAAUAUUUCACUGUGUUGUCGACCAAGCAGGUUACAAUUCUCUGACAUGUGUGAUAGUAGUUCUACAGAAGAUAAAUUACUAGCUGCUGAUGAACAGAAAAAUGAAUCUCAAAUCACCUCAAUGAAAGAGUCAGAAAAUGGUGCAAAGUCUAUAUCUCAUGAAGAUACAGAAAUGCUUCAAGAAAAAUAUGAAAUAUUGAAAAAUACAUUGAAAGAAAAGGAAGAAGAACUGCGAAAGUUAAACAUGGUGAAAAUGUAUAGAAAUAAGAAUGACCUGGACAGCCUUCGUGCAUUGAUCACAAAAUGGCAGAAGACGAGUCAGAAAGCUUUAGUUGACCUGCACGAGAAACUUCAAGAUCCUAAACCUUCUCUCACACAACUCAUUAACCAUCUGCAGAUAGAACAUUCUCUAGUUAACUUCAAUGCUGAGGAGGAAUCUUUCAAUUAAGAGUUUAAAAUAUUAAGUUUGUGUUGUUCAAUAACGAUUACUAAUUAUGAUACUGGUUUGGCUUUCAAAGAUUAACAAAUGAUCCCAUGAUUUUUUCUCUAUACUUCAUGUAGUAUUAACAAAAUUUUUCUCAAAGACUAAAAUUUUAUUAGUUGGUAUUGAAACUGAUUUUCUCUAUUAUUACAUAAACUUACCUAGAAAGUGUGUAAAUGUAGAUACAAGUAUAAAUUCAUGCCAAUACAAUGUACUUACAUGUACCAUGUACUCGCUGAUUUGACUUUUUACUUCAGAUUGACAAAUUCAUUAACAAUAAUUAACAUUAUUUGUCCUGAAUGAAUGUAUAUUUAUUUACUGGUAUGAAUACCUCAAUUUCCUGAAGACGGAAAUGUGCAUGUGUCUUCACUAUUUAUUUUUUUUAUCAAAAGUCCUAAUAGUAUGUUUCGUUACAUGUGUAUGCAUUCAAUUGUAUUGUUUCUAUUUAAUAAACCUUAAAGAAAUAUUGAGUACAAGUUAGGAUUUUUAUGAUUUUUAAAACAUAAAUAUCACAAAAGGAUCUACUUUUGUUCAUACAGAAAUUGUACACCUUGGAUAUGAUCAGAACUAAGAAUUGUUAGUGGAUGAAUAGAUGGAGGGUGAUUUUAACUUCCCACAAUCUGAUGAUUGUGUGCUAAAAUGUUAAAACGUACCUUCAGUCUAAGACAGAGAAGGACCCAUGGACUUCAAACAUCAUUUUUAUACUAUAUGUACAGGCUGUGGUGAAUUGAUAGUAUAACCCCUGUUGAAUCCUAUAGACAUCAAUUGAACUUUUUGAAAUUAUACCUUUGCUGCAUGAACGACAAAAUUAAAUUUUACACUUUUGAAAGAGGCCCAGGAAGUUUUUUUAGAUGUAAUAUUAAAGAUUCAUUGACCUUUAAAUCAACAUGAAUUAGGUUGAUAUCUUACAAAGGUAGUAAAGCGUUUACUUUGCAACAUCAAGCAUGUAAAAUACCAAUUUAUC